UUUGAUGGACAGUGCACAUGCAAGAACGGAUUUGGAGGACGUCGUUGUGAUCAGUGUCAGACACCUUACUGGGGUGAUCCGAACAAACAAUGUUUCCAUUGCGAGUGUAAUCCAGAGGGUUCUGCCAGCAUGCAGUGUGAUCAAAAGACUGGCCAUUGUGUCUGUGUACUGGGCAUCGGAGGUCCCAAAUGCGAUCAGUGCGCUCGAGGUUUCCUGGGGCAGAUGCCAUAUUGUUCACUUGCGGAGAAUGUUUCAAUAA